GCACUGCAAACUGCUGAUUUACAUUCAUUGUGAAGAGAAACACGCGUCACACCGGCGAGGUAAUCAGGAACUGUAUGGACCGCCUCUAUUGUUUUGAAGAAUCACUUUGUAAUUUUCGACUUCAUUUGCUUUCUCACGUUCUGUCGGCGCCAGCAAAGAGCGAGUACAAAGCGAGAUCGAUGCAUCGUGAAAAAAAAGAUCUUGCAACACGAUCAGUCUUUUGUUUUUGAGAAAGCAACGCACCAUUUCUGUUCAUGGUGGAAGGAAAGCGACACCCUCUCACCUCUCUCUACACUACCUAUCCUAUUUUUUUUCUGUUCAGAGAGAUAUAGUUGCGCUGCGAUGGAGACGUCAGCAGAAGAGGAGUCUGCGCCGCUCCGCCAGAACAUACGAGGUUCCUUGAGCUGCAGCAGCGAUCACGGCGACAAGGACGCGCAGAAUUUCGCUCCGCCAAAGACGGUAGGCAUCGUCCCUACUGUGCACAACUGUCAGUCCUCCCAUGAGCAAAACGCCGGUCUUGGCGGAGCCGCAGCGGCAACACCAGCAUAUACCGCUCUGCCAUCAAGCGCGAUUGCAAACACCAACCAUCACAACGAAGGUGCAGUUGAGGCAUCUACGGCUCACCCCACAACUCUUACUUUACAGCUGAGCCCCGUUGCUGCUGCUGCGGCGCCACCAUCGCCGAAGACUGGCUCUGCUACCACCCUAAGCGCUUUGAAGGGGAAAGAGCAUCGGUCGCCGCCGACCGACGGAGUUCUACGAAGCGAGCGGGUGACAGCGAUGAAGUCCACUGCAGCCACAAAGAGUGCCGGCUGCGAAACAGCAGAUGCUCCUAACUCUUCUCUUUUCCUGCCACCACAACCACUACCACUGCCGAGUGUACCAAAGAACUCCGCCGCUUCUUGGUGUACCCCUUCUACCAGUCACGGCGGUGAUGAGGGGUCGCAGCCAGCCUUGGGCGAAACGCACGGGGCACGCUCGUCUCCCGCUGAACCGUUGCCUACAACAGCGGAGACUGCUGAAACGCACGCAACACCGACGCGCUGUGGUGAAUCAUCAGACGACGUUGCCGUUGCCGUUUCUUUUACUGCGAGCCGUAGAACCAAAAGGGAGCAGCCUCCCGAGUCUCCGCCGGCAGCGUCGGAGAACAAAUUCAAAAGAACCACCGCAGUCGCUGCUAGGCCGCACCAGAAGCCGUCGCACACCGCCGUGCGUCGUGCCCAGCACAGCGCUGCCACACCCAUCAAGCAGAAACCGAAGAAGGCCACCAUCACUGCUGCACAGAUCGCCGAACUGCUCACCGCAGCCGGAGGUACGCCGUCCAAAACGGCUACACCUGAUAAAGCAAAUAAAACGAACACAUCCAGCUCUCCCCCACCCAUAUAUGCACUCGACUUACCCUUGGGUCUUCUCGUGCUGUACUGCGCCGCGGAGGACGUCUGCUCAGCGACAGAAAGCGUUGCCGCACCGUCUCCGGCGCCUGCGCACCCUACCACCACCGCCGCGUACUCACUCCUUUAUUUGCUGGAACAGCUGUCUGACAUGCGCCGCAGAGAUCGUCGCCGCGCCGCUCUCCGGCAGGCCAAUGCGACGGAGGAGGCGAAGUGCAAAGAGCUCUUCGAGGCCGCCGCGACGCAGCGCAGCGCCAACGCUGCUCGGCACGCCGCACACGUGCAGGAGGUGGAGGCGGCGGAGCGGGAGCAGUGCACCUUCCACCCGGAGGUGUCCCGUGUCGCGCAGAGCAUCUCCGGUAAAGGGACAAAGGACUUUAUGGCGAAGUGUCUUGAGUGGCAGCAGGAGGCGGAGCGUCGGCUGAAGCACAAGUACGAGCGUCAAGCCGAACUGGAAGCAAAGCAGGCGGUGGCGGCCGCUGCGCAGAGUGGCAUGGCCGCGCCGGGAGAGUUCAUGACGGAGCGCAGCCAGCGUCUGCUGGAGACGCCCUCGGCGCAGGAGCGUCUCAAAGCUCGACCGAGCUUAUGGGAGGCAAAGAAACCAACGGCUGAGACGACUGCGUGCGAUUCACGAGCACUCACCGCGCACCUGGUACGUGCACCGAUUGGAUCGAAGAUGGAGGAGGAGCAGGAAGCCGUGCUGCACUGUUUGCGCAACCCGGACGUGAGUGGGCAGGAGACCUCCCUUCUCGACACCUCCGACCUGCAGCGGGGAGACAAAAAGAAGGGCGACACCGUGAAGCAGUUUCUGAGCCGUGUUGAGGAGGACGCGGCGCGGCGAGCGUCAGUUGCCGCGCGACUUGUAUUCCGCUACCACAACCCAGAGAUGGAGCGCUACGAGGUUGGCACCGGACAGCAGCUCUUCACGCCCAAUGCCAUGCCAACUGCAUGGAAAGACGGCCGUCGUGUCAACUACGAAGACUUGACAGAAGAGGAGCAGCAAGACUUCCGCGCAGUGUUGCGGAAAGCCGGCCUAGACUUCGUGCUGACGCGCUACAGCCGUGAUCAGAAAGGCCGGUCUGUUCGGCACGACGGUGGAGAGGGGGAUGGCGCGGACGAGAGCACCAGAGCGCGCGAUGCAUCCUCAAAUCCACCAGGCGGUGCCCUGACCAGAGCCCAGCAAGAGCGUUUCGUGGCCUCUCUCCAGGAAGCACUGAAAUCGCGCGAGAAGAAUCUGCAGCGGGUGCGCGAGCAGGCCACGGCAGAGGAGACGUUCCAUCCGCGCAUUACACCUCGUUCCAUUCGCAUGGCGCGGCACAAAAACGGAAGCAAGCCUAUCUACGAGCGAUCAACGAUCGCGCGCGACGUGGCAGCGGUGCCAGCGAAGUCGCCGUCGAAGGAAACGGACACGGAGGCGAAGAGGUCGCUCGAUACGUCGCUGAAGGGAAAGCCGCUGCCCGAAGCCGCGGAGUUGUUUCUCGCGCGCAAUGAACAGUGGAGCGAAGCGCGACAGCGACGACUGGAGCGCCUGACCGCCAUGGAGGAGGAGAAGCGGUACGGCGACUGCACUUUCUCACCCAACCGGAACUUCGACGACACGGAACACUCGCCGCUGCAAUUCAGCGAUGCAGCGGACGAAGGCAGAGCUCACGAGCCGCAUCCCCUCGACUCCUCUCGCGAGGGCAGCAGGCAGGCCGGGCACCGAUCUACACACACGCGCCAUCACCACGACGAGCUGGCCACGGCAGCGGAUGUGCGACUCAUGAACGAGUUGGAGCUGCUACGCUCAGGGGCUGCGUUCCGCGAUGAGCGCUUUGUGCAGGCCGUGUGCGACAGCACCGGUGUGUCCGACAGGCGACAAGCCAUGGCGAAGCUUUCUCUCCAGUCCGCACCUCGUUUGAGUAGCAGCGGCAGCCGCGUAGGAACGUCAACGGCGCCGCACCGCGGCAACGCAACGGACAGCGUGCGCUCCCCCUCGCGGCAAUUCUCUCCGAUUGCGAAGCGCUCGCUUCGGCCCUCUGCCUCGCCGUACGCCGUGCCCACCCGCCUUGGCCCGCGUCGUGAGGCGUCGCUACCGUCCGCGUAUGAGAGCCAGCAUUCCGUGCCGAUGAUGCGGACCGAAAGCGGUGCGACGCAGACGCCGACCCACCGUCACUCGUACGCCGACAACCUCCGCAGUUCUCAAUCUCCGCAGCUGCUGAGUAAGGCCAAUGCGCGCAAGUCCUUGGAGGAGCUGCCCCCCGUCGAGGACCCGUGGACGGCGCUUGAUGCGCAGACAGAUGCCAUUCUAAAGCGUCACGGUUACUGA